AUGAAUAAUUUAUCCGAAUUUUUCGUUUUAAUCGUUAUUGUGUCGAUCCAAGGCGGCUCGUCGUGGGCUUUGGUUGUUUCGACGGGAGAUUUUAACAAGGAUUUCUCCGUGAAUUGGUCUCCGAGCCAUGUCAACACAUCUCCUGAUGGAACAGAAAGAACCUUAAUACUUGACAAGAAUUCAGGUGGUGGUUUUGUUACAAAUGACAUGUUCUUGUUUGGUCAAUUUGACAUGAAAAUUAAACUGAUACCUGGGAAUUCAGCAGGCACAGUUGUGGCAUUUUAUUUGACUUCAAACCAAACAAACAGGGACGAGGUUGACUUUGAGUUCCUAGGAAAUGUGGCUGGUCAACCUUAUAUUCUCCAAACAAAUGUGUAUGCAAAUGGAUUUGAUGAGAGAGAGCAGAGAAUAAAGCUUUGGUUUGAUCCCACUAAAGACUUCCACACCUAUUCCAUUCUAUGGAACAUUCAUCAAAUUGUAUUUAUGGUGGAUUGGGUGCCCAUAAGAACAUACAGAAACCACGCCGACAAAGGCGUGCCGUAUCCGACGUGGCAGCCGAUGGCCCUACAAACGAGUAUUUGGAACGGCGAAGAUUGGGCGACAAAUGGCGGGAAAGACAAGAUCGACUGGACGAAUUCGCCCUUUACGGCGUCGUUUAAAGACCACAAGAUCGAUGCAUGCAUUUGGAAGGGAGACGACCCGGGAUUGUGUAGUGCGGAGAGCCCGACGAAUUGGUGGAAUAACGACCGGUUCGGUUCGUUGACGUGGGCGCAACGAAGAUUGUACCGAUGGGUCAGGAAAUAUUACCUCGUUUAUGACUACUGCCGGGAUUAUCCGAGGUUUAACAAUAAUCUCCCCCGCGAGUGUUCGCUUACCAAGUAUUGAUAUAUCUAUUAAUCGAUCUCGAUCGUUAAUCUUGAUCGUUGAUUUAAUAAUGGAAUUAGCGAACGUUUA